GGUCCCACUUUAAUAGGGACUGGUUAUUAUUCCCAUUCUGUUGUCCAGUGGGCCCUGAGUAAUUCGGCUGCAGUCCCUCCUCCAUCAAACGUCAGGAAGCCUAUAAAACUCACACGAGGCCAUAUCUGCGGCUCAGAGCCGCUUUGACGUCGGUAACGUGACAGGCUGCGGUCUGUCUACUCAGAGAUAAUCAAGAGACUCUGAUGCCACAGAGGAGAGGAGACCAUGCCGAGCAGCGGGACGACUUAAGAAUGAGACACUUUUUCCUCUCUGCAGAAAUAUGACGUUUAUAAACUCGGGAGAUCUUGUUUUAAGACUUUAAAUUGAGAGAUCUUUGAUGGGAGGGCGCACAUUUGGAUUUCCAGUGAAACCAAGAAAGACUGGAGUUGGUUAUUAAUCUUUAAGACGCAUCUUUAGUAUUUGCCUCCAGAGUCAAAUGCGUGCAGAGAGAUGCAUCUGGGUAAGGCUUUGCUAGUUGUCCUCCUCGUCAACUGCGCUACUUUGAGCUCACCUCUGUCCACUUGCGCCACCGUGGAUCUCGACCAUGUGAAGAGGAAGCGGGUCGAGGCGAUACGAGGUCAGAUUCUGAGCAAACUGCGGCUGACGAGCCCCCCGCACUCCCUGGGACCGAACAAAGUCCCGUAUCAGAUCCAGGCGCUGUACAACAGCACGAAGGAGCUACUGGAGCAGCUGGGGAGGGAUCGGAAGCAGAGCUGCGGCCAGGACAACACAGAGACGGAAUAUUAUGCCAAGGAGGUGUAUAAAUUCAGCAUGAUGUACGGACCACCGGAAAACAACGACCUGUUCUACUGUCCUAAAGGCAGCUCCAAGAUUUUCCGCUUCAAUGUCUCUGCCAUGGAGAGAAACUCCACCAACCUCUUCAGAGCGGAGUUCCGAGCCCUGAAAAUCCCAAACUCCAGUUCCAAAAGGAGUGAACAGCGGAUUGAGCUCUACCAGAUUUUGAGGCCAAAUGAACACGUUAGGAAACAGCGCUAUAUUGGAGCAAAGGUCGUUUUGACCAGAAGUUCUCCAGAAUGGGUCUCCUUCGACGUAACUGAAACGGUGCGAGAAUGGCUGAUAAACAGAGGAUCUAAUCUGGGUUUGGAGAUCAGUGUCCACUGUCCCUGCCACACCUUCGGUCCAAAUGGUGACAUCAUUGACAAUGAAAACGAAGCGCUGGAGGUGAAAUUUAAAGGUGUUGAUGGAGAAGAGGAGUACAGUCGCUUGGACCUGGAUCACCUGAAGAAGAGCAAGGAGCAGUAUCUUCCUCACCUCAUCCUGAUGAUGAUCCCACCUCACCGCCUGGAAACUCAGUCAUCACGCCGACGGAAAAGAGCGCUGGACACAAACUACUGCUUCUCAAACAUAGAGGAGAGCUGCUGCGUUCGUCGUCUCCACAUAGAUUUCCGACGGGAUUUGGACUGGAAGUGGAUCCAUGAGCCAAGUGGGUAUGAUGCCAACUACUGCUCGGGGCCAUGCCCUUACCUGAGGAGCUCAGACAUGACACAUAGCUCGCUGCUGAGUCUUUACAACACUCUGAAUCCAUCUGCCUCAGCCUCCCCAUGCUGCGUUCCCCAGGACCUGGAACCCCUCACGAUACUCUAUUACUCUGGACGAACUCCAAAAGUGGAGCAGCUCUCCAACAUGAUUGUCAAGUCCUGUAAAUGUAGCUGAGAGGACACACAAACGACAGGUUGUAACGCAUGUCUUCACUGACUCAGCCUAUGUGUGAUGUUUCUAGACUCUGAGCCCUGAUGAUGACAAGAACUGACCAUGUGGCCACACUGACAACACUCUGGAGGGAAACAUGCUUUUAUAAGACAGAUUUUUUUCCUUAAAAAUGUAGAUAUUCUUCUUUGGCCUACUAUCUUCUUGUAUUUCCCUAGUCAGGUCUGAAUAAAAAGUAUUUUUUAACGCAAACCAAACUUAAACACACCUAAAAUGCGAAAUGAAAAAAAAAAUAGAUUAAAUAUAUAUCUAAGCUGUACAUCUAGUGCCAGCGUUCCCAGAGAACAGCUGAGUGUGAUGAAGGAUGUAGGAAAAUGCCUCUUAAAUGAAUGAAAUGCUUCAUAAAGUUACAGUUACAGCCUCCUUGGUGACGUCACCUCUGGGACAGUUGGCUGAUUGGUUGUGUUGGUUUGUUGAUGCUUUCAACAGAUUGUAAUAAUUAAUUCUUAAACAAGCCAGCGAUGUGUCCACUGUUCAUUUUAUGUUGUAACCAAAAGAAUAACAAUACAAAUUGGGGGCUUAUCCAGGAUUUGAAUCAGGUUUCUAAUUGAUACAAUGUUCUGGCUUGUUGGACUACAAUGUUUGAUUUAAAUUGAACACAUUAUUGAGUGGCUACACCACCUCUGCAGUGUCAAUCGUGAUAUUCUAAAUUUUGACUCUAGCCAGUGUUUUAACAUUGUGUGAAAAUUUCUCAAGAGUCAUAAAUACAGAAAAUGCUCUCCUGAAUGGUCAGAAUUCCUCCAAGUUGCAUGAUUUUUUUCUUGAAAAUUCCCUAAGUUCCUGUCUUUCCAAACUGUGGGCAUUAUCUUCAAACACAUAAGGAGAAUGGGCAGACUCGCUGCCGUAGCCGAAACCAUAGCUGUGGUCAGAGGGAAGGAGAGCUGACACAGAAUGCCUGUUGGAUUUGCAAUGGAAAGUCAAUGAACUAAGACGUCGAGCCAAGCUUUUCUUUUUCUGGCCAGGCAGCAGCAAUGGCCUUUUCCCUGCAUCUACUUGGGCGGAUGGACAGAAAGGAGAAGAGGGGAACUUGUCUGCCAUUCACUGGAUGUUCUUAGUCCUAAUAGGUUUUUCUUUUUUUCUUUUGGACAAUAAAUAAUUUACUGGAAGAGAAUAAGUGUUACGAACCUCAUUUUUAUCAUGGGAUUUCUUUACAUUAAUAGCAGAUUUUGUCUAUAAUGUAACUUGUCGUAAUACGACGUAAAGUGAUUGUUUCACUCCCAGGGAAGAGAAUCGCCAUCAUAAAGAAAAUCAGUAUUA